AACCCAAAUCCGAGACGUGACAGACGCCGUGCACUCGUGAGACGGGUCCCACAAGUGCACAAGGCUCGAAACUUAUUCAAAUCACAAUCUGAUACCACAAAAUCUCAAGAUCAAAUUUUUACAAUCUGCUCUGAUAUCAUAAAAUCUCCAAAUACACUCUAGCUUACAGGAUCAUGACUUAUUUCUAAAUCUAUGUCAAUCUCGAAAUGGCUAGCCUUCUAACGCGUCACUCCCCUUGAUUUCCCCGUCCUCAGUAUCGCUUCCUGAAAUGGUGGACAAGGAAAACUAUGAGAUAACUCAGUAAGUAAAUAUGGAUAGCCCCUGGGUAAAACUUUUAACAUGCCAGAUAAACCAUGUAACCAUAACAGAACUUUCACUGAUAAACCGUUAAUGCGGAAAUCAAAUUCGGUUCAAUAACAAAACGUUUCCUGGCAAAUCGUUAAUGCAGAAGAAAACUUAGUUCAGUCGUCUCAUCUAUAAGUCAUGGCCAGUGUUAUAACAACCCACUGGCAGGCGACAGAAAUUUGCCAAUGUAUUCGCCCAAUGGCAGGCGUCAGAAUAAACCGGUCAUAUCAGUAAACAUGUCGACAUGUGCUAGCGUUACACCCACUAGCGGGGAUCAGGGAUGCUACACACCCACUAGCGGGGAUCAGAAUUCAUGACUAUAUCAGAGACAAAACCAUGUAGGAUUACAGAAAAAAACCCCAAUUUCACAAUCAAUCCCGAAUUUCAAA